UAACAUUAUUUUGUAUUCUGUGAUAUACUAUAAUAUAAUAAUUAAUAAUUCAUUUCGUAAAUUUACACUAUUAUUUGUGGUUGGUGUUUAACAUCUUGUCUAGUCUAUCGAUUUUUGGCACGGGAAUGCCAAUACAAUUUAAUACUCAUAAACUUACAAUAUUAUUAAUUGAUAGUGUAGAUUUUUUACCUUUUGACGCCUACAAAAUAUAUUUAGUAUACCACUUUUAGUCGUCGACACGAAUAAUAAUUGUUAUUGCACUUGAAAAUUAUUUAGGAUUUCAUUGAUGUUAUUCAACCUGGAUCUUUUGACACAUAAAAGUUCCAGAACUAAUUGAAAUUGGACUCAAAAAUAUCAUUGAAAAGUUUUCAUUGGUAAAUUCAAAUAUAUUGUUAAUUUGUUUUUACAAUGUCUUAUGCAAACGCACUAUCAAAAAAUUUGACAAAAACUCCCAUAGAGUUUAAAAAUCUACCAAAUGAGAAAAUAUUGUUUGUUAUGGAUUCUUAUGCAUUGUCUAAAACUGACAUUGAUUUCAGUCCUACUAAUAUAGAUCCAAUGUCUAGUGUGGCAAUAAUUCGAAGGGCAUACAGAUUUUUUGCAUUACAAAAGAAUCGGUUCCAAAAUAACUCUUUUGGUAUUUGUCUAUUAACCCCACACUCAUUUAAUCUAGUUAUGGAUUUUACAACAAAUAUUAAUGUUAUAAUUGAAAAAUUAUCAUUUAUAAUGGCUCAAAAUGAUAAACAUGAAGAAGUUGCUGCAUAUGAUUUCGGCCCUUUGUUAAAAUAUAUUGGUAAAUUAAGGAAUCUUCAUAAAGAUUGUAUAUUUAGAGUUAUCAUGACUUAUAACAGAGAUGACUGUUUACCGAUUAUCGAACCACUAGACAAAAAGACAUUUAAUAUUUUCUGUUCACCAACAUUUUAUUUUGAUACCGUUUAUGUAUGUGAAAAUAAUAUUGAAACAGAUGAGAUGGCUCAAACUAUUUAUGGUAAGCUGGCUCUAUUGUGUAGUACUUGGUCUCAAAAAGUAUGUGUUCAACGUAAGCCAAUGGCAAUUAUAAAUGGAAUUACAUCACUGUUGCCUCAUCCCUAUACAAGAGAGCUUACCACAAAAUGAAAAUUGUUUUAUUGUUAAAAAUAUUUAGUUUAAACUUGUAUAUUAUAAGUAAGUGAACCAAGCCUGAUUAUUGAGUAUAAAAUUUAUUUUUUAAUUCCUUACAUAUUUUUUUAUUUUUAAGUACUUAUUAUUGUUACCUAAUAAAAUUGUUGUGAAGAUGAGAACUCAAAUGGAUUUUUAAUACUAAAAUAAAUAAACAAACUUUUUAUGUAAUAUUCAAUCUACAGGUUCAUCAUUAUUUUAAAUACUCGUAUUUUUAAAAUAUAUAUAUAUUGAUUUCAAAUUAUUUGUGCUAAAUUUAUAAACAAGUCAUUAAUAAUGUUAUAUUUGAUCGCUAUAAAUGUUCUUUAUACUACUAUAAUACUAUAAACCAAAUCAAAAACUUAUUGAAAUAAUAUAAACUUGUAUAUGAAAUAUUGUUUUCAUUUCAUUCCAUUUGUCAUGGUUAUUAAGCAGAGAUGAUUGUAAAAAAACAAUACAAGGUCAUCUUGAAUUUAUGAAUGAUCAUGUACAUAGGCGUGCGCACUGGGGGUGCCUGGGCACCCCCCGGACACUUCACCGUAAACGACAAUGUCCCUAAUUAUUAAUUAAGUGUAAAUUAAAUUAAUGAAAUUGCUGACGAAUUCAAAAAUGUUGUUCUUUUUAAACGUCGAUUAUCAUAUUGAUCGUAUAUCCUUAUGUAAUAUUUAUUAGAAUGAAUAAUAAAAUAAAAUAAAUAUUUUUAGUACAUCUUUAAAAUAUUUGUCUGUAUCUAUAAUUGUUUUCAAAAUUAUUAUGGGGCCUAAUUUUUAGUGUGCACCCCCGGAAGCAAAAGUCUGCGCACGCCUAUGAUCAUGUAUGGUGUACGAGCUUUUAUGAACUAAUCUGUUACAAUAUUAUAAUAUAUUAAAUAAACUGUAAUUGAUUUUUA